GGGGAACUUAACUGCGCCUUCACGCACAAUGCUCCGCAAAGUAGAGGCAGCGAGAGAAGAGAGAGGAAGCUCCCUGCAGGCUUAACACAUGCUGACAAACACUCGGCUUAUUUACCUCUGCAGACUUUAGACUCUGCAGCCGAGACACGAUGGAUUUCUUAGACCGUGAGUACCUGGACGCGCGGUCCCCGUACGACUACACCUUCAAUUUCUGGAACGACUACCUCGGUCUGUCGACACUUGUCGCCAAGAAUAAAAUCAACAGCCCGUCUUGCAGCCCCAACUCUAUAACCGAGUCCCUGAAAGCGACCCUGGGUCUGGAGGACGAUUCCCCGGUCUGCCCCUGCGUAAUCGGGCACGGCAGGGACGGGGACGGACACCUAUUGGACUGCUGCUGCGCGGCUCCGGGCUCUCCGCCCGGGGGGAUCUCCAUCUACGAGCUGCGCGAGCGCAUAUCGCUCCUCAGGCCGUACGACCACUUCUCCGGAGACGCACAGCAGCUGGGGGGCGGCGAUUCCCCCUCGUACGGGGGCAGCUUCUCCGGCCUGGACCUGCUCUCCAUGGAGCGCAGACGCAAACAGACUCAGCGGAGCAAGCCGGAGCCCAAGGUGUGCGUCUUCUGUCGGAAUAACGGCGCGCCGGAGGAGGUCUACGGCACGCACAUCCUGAAGACGGCGGACGGCAGGGUGCUGUGCCCCAUCCUCCGCGCGUACACGUGCCCGCUCUGCAGCGCCAACGGCGACAACGCGCACACCAUCAAGUACUGUCCGCUGUCCAAAGACCAGUCCAGCCAGAGGGUGGCGAAGGGCGGCCGAGCCGUGGGCAAGAGGCUGAAGCUCUUCUGAGGGAACCGGGAGGUGGACGAGUUUGAGUUGCACUGUCUGAAAUUAUAUGAGUGUUGAAUAAUGCACAAGACAAGUCUGGAGACGACGAUUUGGACAAAAAAAAAAAGGAAAAAAAAAUAAGAAAAAGAGGAGAUUUCUAUGGUUUUAUUUUGUAUUCUGCGCCACAGCUUCAUUUGUAAUGUUUUGUCUGUUUGUAACUGAACGACGAGGCACACCGUUUACACUUGGACGCAAUGCGCGCAAUAUUCUGGGCAAAGAGUCGGUGACCGAAAAUGAACCAAAGUACUGUACAGAUCGACCUGUGAAUGAACACCUUCAUGCUGUAAACACAAGUUGCUGUUCCCCCCCCCCCCCCCCCCCCCCCCCCCUGAACUGCGGUGCCAGAGCAAACAGCCCCCGUGCAUGUCAGCCGGCUGCUCUGGCUGCGACACGCCAACAUAAAUGAAUAUGCAGCAGCACUCCUCCAGAGGUGAAUGUUUAGUCCCACAGAGUCCACUGGCAACUGGGAUGGAAGAACUCUGCCAAGCCCAUGUAAAGAUGCAAGAUAUAUAUCUUUAUAUCCAGCACAAUUUCUCCUGAGAUACACGUUUUCUACCAAAGGAAUACACUUUUGUACUGAAACUUAGCCUAAAGGUAAAUUCCUGUAAUGUUUAUAUGUUGGAUGUCUUAUAUUCUCCAUGUGAUUUUAUGUGAAUAGCAUUUUACACAAUUCAGCUUGAAUGUAAUACAUUGGAUGGUAUAUCUGACACGCAGUUUGUAAACAGUCUGAGCUCCUUUAUUUCUGUUGAAGUAUUCUCUUUUUUUCCCACAUGGAAACGUGCACCUGCAGUUGCUGUAAAUGUGUAAACAAUUUUAGCAAUGAAAAGCCUGACAUUCCAAAGUCUUUAUCUGUCAAUAGAAAUGUUUUAUGUACUUAUUUUUUACCUUAUGAACCACUGGGGAAUAUAUUCAAUGUAAAUGACUUCUGAA